CUCUUGGGCUUUCAAAAUUCUCAUUUGAAAGAAGGGAAGAAACGCAAGAGAACCAGCCUCCACCAAUGAUAAACUUCUCAUCUUAUAGUUUAGAUUUAAAAUUUUAUUAAAAUUUCUAAUUUAUCAUGCAUGGUGAUUAAUCUAUCAAUUAUUUUAAUUAAUAAAAUAUUUAUUUAAAUUAUAUUACAAUUUUAUUUUCUCGUUAGAGUCUCGGUAGAGGUUGUGCGCGUAAUCAAAAGCACAGAUUAAUUAAGAUUCUUAUGGAGGAAUGCAACUUCUAUAAUAAUUACUGAAUGUACAACACCACCGCACCACUCUUCUUCACUGCUCUCUACUCCCACCACACUUGCAUUUCAUCCCCCUUCUCAUCUUUACGCAAUAUUUCUGCUUUUUCCGCUGCCUGCUUCUACCUGAUCGGCUGAUGCUCACCCCCUCAGCAUUCGGCGGAGGUGCUAAUUACUGAGGUGGACGAGAAGAGCGGACCUGGAGGCGGAGGAGGAAGGAGAUGAAAGGUGGAGGCGGGAGUUAUCCCGGGAAAAGGCGAUGGAGGUGUCUGGUUAUAGGCGUGCUUUUCCUUGUCGUCCUUUCCAUGCUUGUUCCCCUCGUCUUCUUGCUCGGUCUUUACAACGGCUUUCACUCUUAUGGAUACAUCUCUGAUCGGCGAAGUUCUAAUUCUGAUUCCGGUUCAAAUGGUGCUAGAGUUGAUCGCACUCAUCUGACCAAUCAUAAGAUGGAACAUUCAAAUAUAAAGGAAAUUAUAGACCAUUUUGCGCCAACCCUUCCAAAUCUAGAGGGUGCCUUAAGAAAUCUCACAAAUGAAGCAGGAAACAUAAGUAGCAUGACAGGUGUAAAGCAUGAUGGCCAACAACAACAGAAAGGUAACCCACUGCCACCUCAUUCUUUGCUACCGCCACCUUCAGUUGGAAAUGAGAAUGAUAAAGCUGGUACAACUGAAGUAACUGAAUCCACUAAAAAUGAAGUCAAGGACAUUGAAAAAUUAUGUGAGCUGAGAUUUGGCAGUUACUGCAAAUGGCGUGAAGAACAUAGAGAAGAUAUGAAAGACUCCAUUGUCAAGAAAUUGAAGGACCGGCUUUUUGUUGCUAGAGCAUAUUUUCCUAGUAUUGCUAAACUUCCAGCACAAAACAAGCUAUCUCAAGAACUGAAAAAAAAUAUUCAAGAAUUUGAGCAUAUUCUUAGUGAAAGCACAAGAGAUAUUGAUCUUCCAUCACAAGUAAGAUCCCCAGCCAGACUAAUCAUUAGUGCCUGUUUUAUCAGAAUUGAGAAUAAGUUACAGAGGAUGGAAGUUGCAAUAGCCGAGGCUAGAACAUGCCCAGUUGAAUGUCAUAAUGUUCACAAGAAACUGAGUCAAAUACUUGAUAUGACUGAGGAUGAAGCUAACUUUUACACAAGGCAGAGUGCAUUUCUCCAUCAGCUUGCAGUUCAAACCAUGCCAAAAAGUCUUCACUGUCUGUCCAUGAAGCUGACUGUGGAAUAUUUCAAUUCUUCUCUACAUGAUAUGGCACCUCCUCCACCCGAGAGAUUUUCAGACCCUAUGAUGCAUCACUAUGUUAUAUUCUCUAAUAACAUACUUGCAUCUUCAGUUGUGAUCAACUCAACUGUUACUCAUGCAAGAGAUAGUGGCAGUCUGGUUUUUCAUGUGCUAACAGAUGAACAAAAUUAUUUUCCAAUGAAGUUAUGGUUCUUCAAGCAUAGCUAUAGAGAAGCUGCAAUUCAAGUGUUGGACAUUGAACAUCUUGACCUAGACUAUCAUGAUAAGAAAGCUUUGUUAAGCAUGUCCUUGCCUGUGGAAUUUCAUGUUUCUUUUCUUGGCGUUGAUGGCCCAUCUGCAACUCCUUUAAAAACGGAGUACUUGUCUGUUUUCUCUCAUGCUCAGUAUCUUCUUCCAUAUAUAUUCAAAAACUUGAAGAAAGUGGUGAUUUUGGAUGAUGAUGUUGUUGUACAGAGAGACUUGUCUGAUUUGUGGAAUCUCAACAUGGGAGGGAAAGUAAAUGGUGCUUUGCAAUUGUGUUCAGUGCGAUUGGGUCAGCUUAGUAGUUAUUUGGGUGAAAGUAGCUUUGAUAAAAAUUCUUGUGUUUGGAUGUCUGGAUUAAAUGUAAUUGAUCUUGCCAGGUGGAGAGAGCUGGAUCUAACUGAAACUUACCGGAAAUUGGGACAACAGUUCAGCAAGCUGUCAAAAUCAAUUGAAGCUUCUGCACUGAGGGCAAGUUUGCUUACCUUCCAGGACCAAAUUUAUGCUCUUGGUAAUGUGUGGGCUUUGUCAGGAAUGGGUCAUGAUUAUGGGCUUGAUGUGAAAGUCAUUAAGAAUGCUGCAGUAUUGCACUACAAUGGAAGAAUGAAACCUUGGCUGGAGCUAGGAAUCCCCAGGUAUAAACGUUACUGGAAAAGUUUUCUAAACCGGAACGAUCGUUUCUUGGCAGAGUGCAAUGUCAAUCCAUGAUAGUCAGGCCACGUUAUCUGAAUGAUGAGGCUUGAGAAGCAUGAAUGUGUAUAUGAUUAUAUUUUUUGAUACUGAGGAUUUUUCUGAGCGGGCUACAGAAUGGCAGCCGGCUGCUGACAAAGUAUACCCAUCUGAUCUUUCGGUAAACAUAAAAAAAGACACUAUUUUUUCUGAAGAGGCAGAAGGGAAUGCAUACUUUUGGGAUGGCUACACUUGUCUUGACUGGAGGGUUUUUGCUGUAUGAAUGCAACUAAUUUGUUCAAGGAGUGAGAUGGAACAACCUCAUUCUCUGCUGCUUAUGUUUUGUAAAUCAAGUGGGAGGCGAAUGAUUUGACAAUAACAAUAAACAUGAGCAAGGAAAAGGUACGCCUUUACGUUUAUAUGAAGGAAGUUUGAAUUGCCAUUCGUGAUGUAAAUGAUGGAUGAGAAGGUAGGUAGUGUUUGACUCGAUACUAAAUUCUUUUUCUCAGGUCCUAUUAUUUGAAUUGCAACUUUGAUUAAUGUUUUUGAUGAGAAGUCAGUGGCUAAGCUUUUACAUACUGUAUCAAUCUUUACAUACUGUAUCAAUCUAAUGAUAAGUUUCUUCCUUUACACAA